CUAUUUAAAACUCUAAUGAGACACUUGAUGCCAGUUAAUACAUUUCUUGAGCGGCACCUCACUAGUGCGCACCAAACGCACCACGCCACCGGCUCUUUGUCGCCCUGGAUAUUUAAGCACACACCUCACCAAGCUACCAUUUACAAAGCACAUUUUCACCGGGAAGCUACAAUCUCUCUGUAUUCUCUUGAGGUCAAGAAAUGAUUCAAAAAGUAAUUUCACUGUGGAUUUUACUACAGUGCGCCUUCGUGUCUUCAGUUUUUGGGGAAAACGCCGUGCUUAAGGGUGAAGCCAGUGAUCUUGAUGAACUGUCAACGAGCAGCAAGUCCAAAGAAGGCCCUAUUAAAUUCAACAUGAGAAAAAGCCUAGAUCUGGAGCAGGAGGGCUGCUACCUACAGAUGGGCAAAAAAGAGUGUUUAGAAGAAUGUGGCUUCAAUGCUACAGCCAAAAGCAUCUUUAUCAUCCAUGGCUGGACAAUGAGUGGGAUGUUUGAGAACUGGAUGCACAAGCUUGUCUCUGCUGUGAUGCAGCGAGAAACUGAGGCCAAUGUGGUGGUGGUUGAUUGGAUAUCAAUGGCACAGCAGCUCUACCCUGAUGCUGUGAACCAUACUCGCAAUGUGGGCCAAAGUAUAGCGGACAUGCUCGAUUGGCUCAAGGAUGAAACGCAACUGCCUUUGGAAAAUGUCCACCUCAUUGGAUACAGUCUUGGUGCACACGUAGCAGGCUACGCAGGGACAUUUGUACAAGGAACCAUUGGAAGAAUCACGGGCCUGGACCCAGCUGGACCCAUGUUUGAGGGGGUAGAUGAGCAGAAGCGCCUCUCCUCCGAUGAUGCAGACUUUGUGGAUGUGCUCCACACCUAUACCCGUGAGGCCCUGGGAGUGAGCAUCGGUAUCCAGCAGCCCAUUGGGGAUAUUGACAUCUACCCUAAUGGAGGCGAUGUGCAGCCUGGGUGUGCAAUUGGUGAUGUGCUGGCAGUGGCUGGAAAUUUCAUGGAGGUUGUGAAAUGUGAACAUGAGCGAGCUGUGCACUUGUUCGUGGACUCGCUUAUGAAUAAAGAUCACAUGAGCUACGCCUUCCAGUGCACCGGGCCAGAUCGCUUCAAGAAGGGUAUAUGUCUCAGUUGUCGCAAAAACCGCUGUAAUAAUAUUGGCUACAAUGCUAGAAAGAUGCGCAAGAGACGCAACACCAAAAUGUACCUGAAGACCCGUGCUGACACUCCAUUUGGAGGCUUCCACUACCAGAUGAAGAUGCAUGUGUUUGACAGGAAACUGUCUGUUGAUCCAGAUCCCACAUUUCAUGUGAAGUUGUAUGGUGCCCACAACGAUACAAGUGGCAUAUAUGUAGAAGUCCCUGACAAUAAAAUCGGUUUGAAUGCCACUAACACCUUUUUGGUGUUUACUGAAGAGGACAUUGGCGAUCUGUUGAAGAUUGAGUUGAGCUGGGAAGGAGAAGGGGAGUCCUGGAGCUCAGUUUGGAAAAGCUUUAGGAAGAGUUUCUUAUCCUGGAAUACCAGCUUGAACAAACCAGUGCUACAAGUGCGGCGUAUCCGUGUGAAAGCCGGAGAAACCCAAAAGAAGUUUACAUUUUGUGUCUCAGACGAGUCAAAAAUGGACAUUUCACCAGGAGAGUCCCUAACAUUUGUAAAAUGCCAUGAUGGCUGGGAAUUAAAACCAAGAAAACGACUGCCAAUGUAAUGACUUAGCACUUCCAACAACCAAUGCACCAUCACCUUGGGGACCCAUUGUAGAGACGAGAAGCCACGGCUUCUGGAACAAGCACUUUUCAAAGCAGGAGGAUGGAGGCCUUGUACUGAACCUGCAGUUUCCAUUGACAGUGAGCUGUUUCUGCCCAGAGCAGGAGCAGAGAAGCACAAAGGCUUUCCCAGCUGUGUCGGGACUGCCUGAUGACAGGACGUUUCUUUGGUGUGGACUAGUGAAGUAGAAUAUAGUUAAAUGUCUGUGGACACCAGCGUUUGUAGUCGUGGUACUGUACAUUUUAAACUAUUUUUAUUUAUAAGAAAAUGAAAGCACUGCAAGACCAAUGUUAUUUAUGAAAGCACACUCCACAAUGAGACAUUUGUUUAAUGCAGUAUUUGCUAUGUCUGAGUUGUAAUGCUUGUGUUGUAUGUUGUUACUGAGAGAUUACUGAUGAAACACUGAAGAGAUUCUCAUCUCAUUGCACACACACACACACAUUUUCUGUACCUUUUGUACCUGUAUAAUGCUUCAUUUGUGGGUGUGUCAGUGUACAUAAUGUAAAUAACUUUUUGGAAGAAAAAAUAAAUUCACAUUAUUU